CCUAACCUACCCUACCCUAUCUCCGACUCCACAAAAUCCCUAUUUCCCUCAUCGCCAAAUACUGCACAGUUGCUGCACAGCCGUCCUUCGCUCAUGGCCGAGGCCGCCGUGUCCGAUGAGCACCUAGCAGAUGCGCUCGGGGAAGUUACCAUCUUCACCGCCGGCGGCGAGCAAGUCAAGGUUAAGGAUCUAUGGGAUCAGCAGGAGGGCGUGGCUGUGGUUGCACUUUUGAGACACUUUGGGUGCUUCUGUAGUUGGGAGCUUGCCUUAGCGCUGAAAGAAGUGAAGGAGAAAUUGGAUUCGUGGGGAGUUAAGGUGGUUGCUGUUGGUGUUGGAACUCCUGAUAAGGCUAAGCUUCUUGCUCAUGGGCUACCUUUUCCGAUGGAUUCCCUCUACGCCGAUCCUGAUCGUAAGGCAUAUGAAGUUUUAGGAUUGCAUUAUGGUCUUCUCCGAACCUUAGCCAAUCCGGUGGAGCUGUCUGCCCGACUCGGAGCGCUGAAGAAAUCGACGAGCAAUUACACCCUCAAAGCCACCCCAAACAUGAGCAGUAUCUUACAGCAGGGAGGGAUGUUUGUGUUCAAAGGGAAGAAAGUAGUGUAUGCGAGGAAGGAUGAAAGAACAGGCGACCAUGCUCCUUUGGAUGACGUCAUCAAUGUCUGCUCGAAAGUUGCAGCUGCAUAAAGUGGUUAAGUUCGAUCGUCUUGACAUAUAAGGUCAAUGUCUGUAAAAAGUAUGUAUGUAUUUGUUGUCAUAAACCUCUAGAUUUUAAAAUAAAACAGGUUUACAGUGGAUGCAGUAUAGGGUUGAUUGUACAUGCGUUACUUGUUAUUUAGAGAGUGUUUGAAAAUAAUUUAUCGUGUA